CCACUUGUUGUCCUUCACAUUCGUCUUCCCCGCUGAGUGCAGUGUCCAUAAUUUACUCGCUGUACCGAACGUUGUAGAGACAUUCAAAUUCACGUCAUGGCCAUCACAAGCCUCCGACGCUCGCCACAGUAUCUUUCCAGGUCACUUAGCACGCGCGCUUACUCCCUGCCCGCGCGUAGGACGCUUGCUACGGUGUCGCCUGAGCACGGAAAGGUUACGGUGGGUAUACGGCGAGAAGACCCAUCAAGGAUAUGGGAGCGCCGAUGCCCCAUCACGCCUGACGAAGUUGCCCAACUCGUUCAGCACCUCAAAGUCGACGUUCUUAUCCAGGACUGCGACCGUCGAGUAUUUCCCGUUGACCAAUUCAUCAAGGCUGGCGCCAAAGUGCACCCCACGCUGGAACCCGCACACAUCGUGAUCGGAAUCAAGGAGACACCGCUCCAUGAGUUGGUAACGUCUCCUGUUUCGGCGCCAGGCCUGGGUUCAGGUCCUUCCGUACCCCGCACCCAUCUGAUGUUUUCCCACACCACGAAGGGUCAGCCCUACAAUAUGGAGUUGCUCUCCCGCUUCCUCGAUUCGCACGAGAACCCAUCAUUGCCUCGGUUGAUUGAUUACGAACUCCUCGUAGGUGAGCACGGCAAACGAACGGUGGGUUUUGGGUGGUUCGCAGGAGUCGCUGGUGCUCUCGAGUCUUUGUCUGCGCUCGCGCAUGCGCACCUUGAACUUGGAGUUACUUCUCCUUUCCUUCACACGCCUCGUCCACAUACACAUCCAUCAAUCCCAUCGCUCCGCUCUGCACUUCGAACUAUUGGCCAGAACAUUACAGAGAAUGGGACACCUGGGGCAUUAGGACCGUUCGUCAUUGGGCUCACAGGGAGUGGGAAAGUGUCCCAAGGAUGUCUAUCCAUUCUAGAAGAGCUCCCGAUUGUGAAUCUGGCCGUGAAGGACCUUCCUGGACUUGUAAGCAAUCCAGAUACUGACCUCCACAAGAUAUACCUCGUACAUGCACACCCUCAAGACUACCUUACCCGUGCUGAUCGUGGACAAUAUUCCCGUGAUGAUUAUUACAAGAACCCGGCCAUGUACCAAUCCGAGUUCGACACCAAGGUUGCACCAUACCUCACGCUAUUCCUGAAUGGCGUUGGCUGGCUCCCAUCUUUCCCACGACUUAUGACGAACGAACAACUAGCCACUGCUCUCAGCCGUGCAGCUGAAGUAGGGCGAGCACGUUUUGGAACAAUUGGCGACAUCAGUUGUGAUGUUGAGGGCGGUCUCGAGUUCUUACCUCGCGCAUCCACCCUCUCGGACCCCUUCUUCAAGCACCGGCCAUCCUCUCUACCUUCUCAUCUUCCGAGUGUGACUAUCAUGUCUGUUGAUAUCCUCCCCUCGAGUCUUCCCCUCGAUGCUUCUCAGCAUUUUUGUGGAGUUCUAAUGCCAUAUUUGCGCGCUCUGAUUAAUGAAUACCGUGGACGAUCCGGCUCUCGCGAGCACCUUGAGGCCCUGAACGUUGCGACAGUUGCACGGAAUGGUGAGCUGCAAGGCAAGCAUCGUUGGCUGGAAGCGCCAGUCGAGAGGUGGCAAGCAACCCGAGCUGCAGAGACAGCGAACAAGGCAGGAGUAGCUGCGACAUCGCUGAGGAAGAAGCGUGUGCUCAUGCUUGGCUCUGGGAUGGUUGCAGGUCCCGCUGUGCAAGAGAUCUGUAAGAGGUCUGACGUGGAGAUCAUCGUUGCCAGCAACAUGCGCUCCGAAGCGGAGGCUUUGACGCGCAAAUACUCGAACGCGACAGCGGUGUGUUUGGACGUGCACGACAUUGAAGAGAUGGCAAGGUUGAUUCAAGAAGCCGAUGUUGUUAUUAGCUUGCUCCCAGUACCGUUUCACCCUGCUGUGGCAGAGCUGUGCAUCCAACACCGUAAGCAUCUCGUGACGGCGUCAUAUAUCUCGCCUGCCAUGCGCGCCUUACACGAACGGGCGCAAUCCGCAGAUGUGCUUCUACUAAAUGAGAUCGGUCUCGACCCAGGGAUUGAUCAUUGCUCUGCAUUAUCACUGCUUGCGCAGCUUAAGAGAGAUAACAGGCGUGUCGUCUCGUUCACAUCAUUCUGUGGCGGCUUGCCCGCCCCUGAAUGUGCGGAUGUUCCCCUUGGGUACAAGUUCAGCUGGAGCCCGAGGGGCGUGCUUAACGCUGCGCUUAAUGGAGCGAGAUUCAAGCUCAGUGGAAAGGAGAUGGAGAUUUCUGGAGAAAAUCUUCUUCAGGAAUACUUCCCUUAUGUCCCAAUUUCGAAUGUCCUGAGGUUUGAAGGUCUCGCGAAUCGAGACAGUCUCCCGUAUGCGGAAACGUAUGGGCUUGGCAAGCUUGAGAAUUUGCAGAAUGUUCUCCGUGGAACUCUCAGAUACCCUGGGUUUGCGGAGAUAAUGCACGCCUUCAAGGUUAUAGGGCUACUUGACACAGGACCCUUCAUUCAGCCACGUCAUUGGUACGAUCUCGCACGGAUGUCUCUGGAGAGCAAGAUUGGAGAGCGGAUCCCAAGUGAUCCCCGCUCGUUCAUGUCAGCCCUUUCCACCGUGAUGGAUAUCAAGCACGCGGACACGGCACUCAAUGCUCUGGACUGGUUGGGACUUGCUCCAGGGAAUGUUCCAAGCGGCACUUUCCCGGAAGUGCCACUCAAACCACAAGCACCGAUCGAACUUCUGACUUCUGUUCUCGCCCAUAAGCUCAGGUACAGCCCUGGGGAACGCGACAUGGUCGUACUGUCGCACGAAGUCGUCGCUCAGCCAUCGUUCUUAUCUACAGAUUCGGCCACGGAGGUUUACACGUCGAGCUUGGUGGCAUAUGGUAACUCUGAGGGGUCUGCGAUGGCACGCUGCGUUGGGCUUCCUGUCGCUUUCGCCGCGCUCGAGGUCCUGCAUGGUGGCAUUCAUGUGCGCGGUGUACAUGGGCCUACGGAUAGGACCCUUUAUGGUGCUGUACUUAAUGGAUUGCAGGGAGCUGGGCUUGAGAUAAAGGAGUCUGUGAGCAAAGGCCCAGCAAUGGAGAGGAAGUUGGCAGACGGACUCCGGGCAAGCAGAGUACAUAACUCUCUGGACUCUUAGAAGGAUACAUACCAUUAUACCACCAUAACAAUCCGUAUAAUCGAUACGUAGUACUACCGUCAAUGUAACCACGGGUUUUUACCCACUCAGAGCCUCCACCUCGUGGCUCAUCAGACGCUUGUCCUCAAGGUGUCCUGCACUGCUGCAAGUAUGGAGGUUCACUGGUUUUCUGUUGGAAGCGUCAAGGAUCAACGCGAAACCUACUAAGCCCACGGCGGACAGAAGGGCAGCAAUCAGGCUCCUUCCCACCUCCGCUUCGAGUGUAGAGCGGCGACAUCUGAGGGACGUAAAUACUUACAAGCCUUUCGCAUUGGUGCUGUGGUUGAUAGCGCAAUUCAUAAUUCAUCGCUGACUAGAUCAAUAUGGUUGCUUUCUGGAGUCUCCAUUAC